GAAAUGGUCAUUCCAAAAUGAUCAUAUUGUCUUGACUGAUAUUUUAAGGGUGUAUAGUGUUUUGACAAUAGUAUAGACAAUUGUGUUUGUAAAGUGCAGACAAAGACCUAUGUACAUCUUAUCAUAUCAUGGGGUCCAGGGCCCACUAUGGGCCAGUGGACCCCACCUUUAUAAAACACUGAUUGCAUGUCCAACUAUUCUUCAAGAUAAAUAUAAGGAAUUCUGUUUUAAUCCUGACAUUCACAUCCUAUAAUGUUUCUAAGGAGAUAUAUGUACAUAAACAUGGGUAUAGUGUAUUACAUGGGCCUAGAAUUACAUAUGGCCUGUAUUGUGAAUCUCAUAGUACUGAGAAACCAAUAUUGAAUGAGGAGAAAAGAACAAGACAUUUCAUAGAAUUUCAACAUAAAAACAUUGGGCCACGUUGAAAAAAAAUCCAAUCUAAUUUUCUUAUUGUCUGGGCCCCUGACAUUGCAUGUGCCUUUUCUUCGCUCUACGGUCUCCAGAGUGACGGCUUCGCAAGGUUACAAAUCGGCAGAUUGGUCAUCAAUGAAGAGAAGCUUGCCUAUCAGGAAGGAGCCAUGACAACAUGAAUCGGUCAUACAGACGGGCUGUAAGGGGCUGCUCAGGCUCAGCAUCAGCCACAGUGUACAGCUCAGGCCAGCCAGAGUUGAGGCCCCCCAAUGGCCUCUCAGUUUCUGCCACUUCCUAUGGAAACCAGUUUAACAGCAGCACCAAGCAUGGUUCAACAGACCAACUGUCGGCGGCCAUGCAACUGUCAACCUCCUCCCUCAAACAGGCACCUAGCUACAUGUAUAACCAGGCAGAGAAGGAGAGGCCACACUGCUACAGUCCUCUGCUGAGGCUCCAGGACCUCUCCACUAUGGUACACAGACCUGGGUCUGAUCUGGGACCCGGGCCCCAGCCUAAGAAUCUCGAAGCCAGGAAGCAUUUACACUCUCACAGCCCAGUGGGAGUCUCUAGUUUUGGGGGACCCCUGGUCCGACUGCCCCCCUCUACUGGUAACGAGGAGACAGAACCCUGCGAGGAUUCCAUGCGGGAUCAGAAUGGUUUCUCUCCUGUUAGUUCUGAUAGUUUGGAGCGCUGCUCCCCCAUCCCCAAUGGAUACCUGCAUUUCGAGUCCACCUUGUUUGACAGUGGGGACAGGGAGAAUGAGGACGACGAGGAGGAAGAGUUGGUACCUUUUCAACAACACUCUGCUAAGUCCCCCAGAGACAGAACAGUGACAGACCCUAACACCACCUCUGGUUCAGGAGUAGGCCAUAACAGCACAUACAAACCCUCUGUUCUCAACCUGAUGUCUAAGAGUCUAUCUGAACUGGACCCUACUCUGAGCCCCAGUGCCCUGCCUGACAUGUCCAUGGGGGAUGGCUGGAGUAUGGACCAGGACUCUGACAGUGACAGUGACAGUGCGAUGACAGGAGACACACUUGACCAUGGUCUCAUCUCACCUGUUGGAACCAACUCUAAUCCCAACAGCCCAAAGAAGAAGCCCCUCCCUGUAGUGCAGUACUUGGAGGGAGAUCUGGUCUGGGCCAAGUUCAACCGCCGCCCCUGGUGGCCCUGUAGAGUUACCAUAGAUCCUCUGGAGGGGAUACACACACGCAUGAAAGUCCCCAGUCGUCGUCCUUGUCGUAUCUAUUACGUGGAGACUCUGGGGGAGAUGGCAGACCAUGCCUGGGUACCUGGGAAAGUUACUUACCCCUUCACAGGAGGAGAGCAGUUCACAGAUCUGCCUGUCCUGAGACGGAGAGGGAAACAGAGGGAAAAGGACUACAAAUACACAAUACCCAAGCGUCUGUUUGAGUCAUGGAAAGUCGGUGUGCUGGAAGCUGAGUUUCUCCUACCUGACCUGCUGAAGAAUACUGCUGUCUCUUCUUCCAUGCCCUCUAACAGUGAAGAGCGGGUGUCCUUUCCACUGCCUGAUGAAAAACCAUCCGAGGCCCCCUCUCGUUCCUCCUCUAUGCUCACUGCACCCCCCUCCUUCAGCCCUCCCCCAACAGAAACAAACAUCCCCCUGCUGCCGAUCUGGCCGUAGCG